AUGGCCGCCCUUGCCAGCUCCCUUAUUCGGCAGCGUCGGGAGGUCAAGGACCCCCAGACCAACCGUCAGAUCGCCAGCAAGCGAAAGCCGUGCCCGAAAAGCAACAAGUCGCUCUGCCAGAAGCAAAUCCUCAUUUUGAUAUCCAAGGUUCGAUUAUGCGGCAGUCGAGGGAGGAAAAUGGAAAAAAGACCAGAGCCUCAGCUGAAGGGUAUCGUCUCACGUCUCUACUGUCGACACGGGUUCUACCUGCAAAUGUUGCCGGACGGCACCAUGGAAGGCACAAAGGACGAAAGCAGCUCCUUCUUGCAGUUCAACUUGAUUCCUGUGGGCCUCCGCAUCGUGGCCAUCCAGAGUACCAAGACGGGGCUUUACGUGGCCAUGAACAGCGAGGGCUAUCUCUACACUUCGGAACACUUCACGCCAGAGUGCAAGUUCAAAGAGUGCGUGUUCGAGAACUACUACGUCACCUACUCGUCCAUCCUCUAUAGACAGACGCAGUCGGGCCGGGCCUGGUACAUCGGCAUCAACCGGGACGGGCAGGUGAUGAAGGGAAACCGGGUCAAGAAGACAAAGGGAGCUGCACAUUUUCUACCCAAACUCAUUGAAGUGGCCAUGUACAGGGAGCCAUCCCUGCACGACGUCGCUGAGCAGAGUCCCCCUAGGAAAACACCCAAGACCUCCAGUGACUCGCCCGUCCACCAGAACGGCAAGAAAGAGCCUCAAAGCAAAACCAAAACCUCGUCAUCCUAG